GCAGUGUUCGGCUGAAAUUAUGCUAACAGUCUCUUGGGUGCUUGCAAAAAGCAUUUCAGAAGAUGAUUUCCGACGCCUUGUCAUACAGAUGUCUGGUUCUUCUUUGUGUCUCAUUUUAGAAGCAGUCUUUGAUAAACAGCACCUGCAAUUAUGUUUGUGCUUGUUGAGAUGGUGGACACCGUUAGGACAACGCCAUGGCAGUUUGAACGCAAGUUAAAUGAUUCCAUAGCAGAAGAACUGAACAAGAAAUUAGCCAAUAAGGUUGUAUAUAACGUUGGUCUCUGUAUAUGCCUCUAUGAUAUAACCAAGUUGGAAGAUUCCUAUAUCUUUCCCGGUGAUGGAGCUUCUCAUACAAAAGUUCAUUUCCGAUAUGUGGUAUUCCAUCCAUUUCUUGAUGAGAUACUGAUGGGCAAAAUUAAAGGCUGUAGCUCAGAAGGAGUGCACGUAUCUCUUGGAUUUUUUGAUGAUAUCGUUAUACCUCCGGAGUCCUUGCAGCAGCCAGCUAAGUUCGAUGAGACAGAGCAGGUUUGGGUUUGGGAAUAUGAGACAGACGAGGGCGCUCACGACCUAUAUAUGGAUGUGGGGGAGGACAUUCGGUUUCGGAUAGUAGAUGAAACUUUUAUAGACACAUCUCCAGCUGGACCAAGUGCUGCUGAAGGAUCUUCAACAGCAGCUACAGAAGAAACACAACGCAAGGAAGCCCCAUAUACUUUAGUGGGUUCUAUUAGUGAACCAGGACUCGGCCUGCUUUCCUGGUGGACCAAUAAUUGAGGGGAGGGAAAAAAAAGAAGCAUAUUUCCAUAAUUUCGAUACAAUGAACAUUUCGGAGGAAUGAGAUAUUCUGGCCAGUAUUAGCCAGUGAAAGCACAAAGGAGUAUGAACUUACAAAAUGGAUUUUGAAAUCAGAAGAAGCUAAAACUUCAUUUGAAGUAGCGGAAGGAAAAUGAUUGUGCAAUGCUUUAAAAAAAAAAAAUUAUUUACAAUUGAUAGCUAAUGCAGUAAGUAAUUUUUUCAGUGCUGUGUGUAGGGAUGGAAUUUUAGAUGGAUCAAUUUAAAUCAUAUAUUGACGGCAGCACAGGAACAUCUCCUGAAAUACAUCUGAUCAUAACUGAAUAUAACACAAAAAAGGCUUGGUAAUAUCACUAUGUUUAUGUUUUUUCUUUCCCCAUGUUUUUGCAUUGAUCGGUAUAAAGUCUAAAAAGUUGGUGCCUUAGUUCUACUAGUUCCUACUGUAAUUCCCAUGGACUGGCAACCAUAACUUUUAAGGUUUCUUGAUAGUUCAAUUCAUUUUAAGUGUCAUGCACAGUAGUAAUAUCCUCAAGCUAAGGGACUGGAAUUUCAACUUUUGUAUU